UAGUCAGGUACCGAGCCUCUGGGACUCAAACCUGUGGUGUGUUCACCGAUCAACGACUGGGGCAGUCUAUCAUACUUGGCCCAACCACAACCCAGGAGGGCCGGAUUUGUAGUCAGUGCUAGCCUUCAUAUAAUGGCUUGCCUCCCCACCGGUCAAUCAGCACUGUUCAACCAUCACAGAAUUACUCGAUAUAGCUUCUUGCUCAUCUCGAUCUUCUCCUCUCAUCUCGAUACCCUUCACAUACAAAACGUCUUGCCCCCGUUUACGCAAUGAGGCAGCCAAAAUCUGCCCUUUACGGCCAUAGUUCCUACUCGAGCAUGAUGGAGUUGCCGUUUCGCUCUGCGUCAAACAAUCCAAGUACACCAGAUUCUAGCCAGCAGUCAUUUGACGGAAACCCAUACUUCAACACUGUGCCCGAGGAAAUUCUGAAUUUUCCAGUGACUAGAGUAGCGAACGACACUCUAGACCCCUGGCUCAUGAUGGACAUGCCCGACUCUACAAGUCCGGAAUCGUCGAGAAUGUCCAUGAGCCCUUCUCAAGGCAUCGCAACACCUUCAUCAGAUGGCUUCUAUUCUCCACCCUAUCCCGAACAGCUGCAACUGCCUGCGUACCAGCUUCUAGAACAACCUCGACCACUUCGAUGUCGCUCCACAAGUCAUCCGAACUGGGUAAACAACGGUGGGAUUUGGGCGCAUCAAUUCGCGGAGAGUGAGCUCUGGGAUACUCAGCCAUUCGCCACACAAUCUUGGAUACCUAGCCCAUACGAUGACUAUGCUUCCCCAAGUAUGGCUCCUGACCUUGCGCAUACCAGUAACAUUGCUCUCCUGCCUCAUCCGUAUUCUCCACAUAGCAAUUACCCAAUGUCAGAGACCAUCCAAACAAUGAUGAUCGCUGACAACGGGGUUUCUCCUUCUGAUGCCAGAAGGAAUGGGAGAGAAGAUUCGUCCGACGAGGAUUCAGAUACAGACGAGGAAGGAUCAAAUUACAGCCAGUCGUCCAAGAUGAAGACUGAAUCUCCGCGCCCUCAUAUCGACAAAUGGACUGUCUCCGUCGGCAACAUCCAACACUCAGUCACACGAGGGUAUGUUUGUGCUGAGCCAGGAUGCAAAGGAUCCUUCGUUCGCCCAGAGCAUCUUCGACGGCACUUCAGAUCCAAACAUUCCCCUGAGAGGCAAUUCAAAUGUAAGGUCCCUGAAUGCAAAACUUCCGAAUUCUCGCGUGGUGACAACCUGCGCGACCAUUAUUGGACACAUUUGCAUCGCGGCGGUCGUAAGGGGAAAAACCGCAAGUACUCUUUAGAAGAGCUAAAGGAAAUUCUUGGGCCGAAGGAGAAGAAGCUCAUCAGGCGACUUCGAGACAAACUGAGGCAACAUCACGAGAAGGAGAAGCUGAAGAAGCAGCAAUCACCAUGGCCGACAUAUGUGGAACGUUCCAUGUUAUAGGCUCUCUUAUUUGU